AUGGAUUUUACUCCGGAAUUAGUAGCGUUACAAGGAGCCAUAUUGUCAGUUGAUAAUACGCAUCCUUUUACAAAAAUAACAGCUAGAGGAGGUAAUGAAAAAAAACUUGAAGCCAUCAUAAAUGCGUUACAAGAGUUUUUAUCUGAAAAACAGUUUGACCAGAACCUGAAUGAGAUAAAAAGAGAUCUUUUAAGAAAAUUUGCAUUCUAUCUAGUGCUGAAUGCAGAUUUGGAAAUCCUUCAAGAAUUAGUUGAAAUAGAUGGAGUUGGUUCAGUUAUAUGGACAAUACCUACAAUCCCAAAGUGUUUACUAAAUGAAAUGUUAUGGAAACUAAAUAUGAGAAGUUCUGUUGGUGAGAUUAUUAUUUAUUCCAAUCCACAACUAUCUCUACAACUGACAGAACUUUUAAUAGAUCACUUUAAAUAUUUUCAUCCAACUCAGUGUUUAAAAAACCUUCAAGUGUUGGUUGCUGCAUGUUAUAAAUUUAUAUACAGAUUAAUAUUUUUCAAUACCACAAGUAUAGAAUUAACACAAGCUGUUAACAAUUUUCAUACUUGCUUAAAAUAUUUUUAUGAACCACCUAAUUAUAGAAAACUUGAAAUGAUUACGAAGGAUGACAAAUAUAAGUAUGUGGGUAAUAAUUUAUACAUAUUAUUUGAUACAAUUAAUGACUGUUUCAGUGAAUAUGUUAAAACACAAACAUUUAAGCUACCAGCUUCCUAUUCAAUUUAUGAAUUGUCAUAUAAAGAAGAAUCUUUAAAAAAUUUAGAGGCAUAUACUAUAGACAACUGUUCUCAUAAAGAUGUUAAAGAAAGCAUUGAAAACUGUAAUAUAGCAUUAUUGGACACUUGCAAAGAAUUAGUUAAGGAAGUAAGUGUUGAAAUUUAUUGUGCUUGGAGUGAGUUUGAAGAAGAUAACAAAAGUAUGCAGGAGACAGUUGGAGAAAUGUGCUAUAAAGUGCAGAGUUUUUUACUAAAUAUCCCCACUGCUUGUGAACAUCCUGUAAUCUCUAUGUUAGAGCAAAUAUCUUGUAAACCUGUAGACUGUGUACAAAUUAUUAACGAAAUAGACAAUGAAACCCUUGUUCAUAAUAUAAUUAAUGAUGAUGAUGAUAAUGAUGAAAAAAUUAAAUGGAUUAGAGCUACAUUGUAUCGUAAUGAUUUGUGCAAAGAUACAAUUCUUAUUGAACAAUUGAUGUUAAAUAUAUCAGUGUUAAAUGAAGAGGAAUGCAGUAAAUUAUUUAAAAUAUGCAAAGCUCACAUAACAGAUGCAUUAGACGUUCAUGAAAAUGUAAAGUUAUUAUUGAUAGACGCAUUUCAACAGUGUAGUACAGAAAAGAAAUUUGAGCUUCUAGAUGAAUAUUUUAAUGAUAGCUUCAAUGAUAAUUUAGUAACUCAAAAUUUUAGUCAAAUUAUCAUUGAAAUAUUUAAUAAGUUAACUAUGUCGUCAGACACAGAUAUGUCGGAAGUGCUUUGUGUAUUCUUACAAAGUCCCAAACAAGUCUUUACCAAAGUUUUUCAUGUGGCCGCUGAAAAUAAUCAACAAACUCAAAUGAUGGUGAAUUUAAUGGAAUAUUUGAAACAGUAUACAAAUAAAUAUUAUACCAAUGAAACAGAAUGCUGUAUUUUGACAGUCGCCAAGGAGUUGAUGGAGAGUGAUAUGAUGAAAGAAAAAUUCUUAAAUUACAUAAUGUUUUUGACUAAGCUAAAGUCUGCAGACAUCAUACCUGGUUCCAAGUUGUUUCUUUUAGUAAUUAUGCCAUGUCUAUACAAUAGUCUGUUAAAUAAAAACAUAGUUGGAAUUCACAUGCAGUGUAAAUUAUUACUUCAAGCAUAUACAUUGAAUGAACUUGUUGAAUAUCGAGCUCCACUAAUGGCAAUGUUGGGCCAAGUAUUGGAAACAGUUAGAUGGAAAAUUACAACGUUUCAUACAAUGUCACCCCUCACACUGCAUUAUGGAAUUGAGUUACUUUCAUCCAUACUGGAUACAUAUUCUCAGCAGAUACCAGAAAAAGAACAAUAUUGGUUAAAAGUAAAACUGAGGAACAUAGACCCAUUAAAUUUGUACUAUUUUAGACAAUUAUGGAAUCCUCCUGGAGAUACAUUCCUUGAAGUUAUCACGGGUGUGCAUAUUUAUAAAGAAAUGGAUGUCGAACACCUCACUGCUAGGUUGUCAAAGGUAUUGUGUUCAACUACACCGGAAGAGUGGAAUCAAAUUUGGAAAGAUCUGGAAAUAUUUACAAAGCGACAUUUAUAUAAUAUAUUCCACGAAGCUGUGUUGUUAAUCGCCAUGGCGGAGAGCAAACACAGGACGGACGAAACAUGGUCGUGUCUUAUGUAUUGUUUUGACAAUUUUAUUGAGAUAACUCGGUGCCAUUAUUUGAAGAAAGAAAUGGAUGAAAAUCAAAUCAAGGAUGUCGUGGAAAAAUUAAUUCUAUUAGAAAAUUUUGUCAGCGACGAUAUUGAUGUAUAUUCAAGCAAAGUUUUGCCUAUUUUCACUUAUAUGGCGGAAAAUAAUGAUUAUUCAUCAAUAUGGAAUUCGUUGAGUCACAAAAUAAAAAACAAAACGUUUUCAGAUUUUAUUAAUAAACAUAUUUUUGGUAUUGAUUAA